AUGGUCAACCAGCCCGCGUUUUAAAGACCAAUUCCUCGAAUGUUUUUCACCCUAUAAAGUCCGGACUCCCGGGUCGAAACCCUCCCACCGGCGUUAUCUGCAAGGUAUUUUGGCUGGCUGGCUGGUUACAUCCACUUGACCACUCAUCAGGAGGUCGUCAACAUCACCUGGGUCACACAAGUUCCGACUACAUCCAGCUUUCCAGCUGACACCGAUCACCUUCAUUGAGAUCUGAAGAGAUUGAAGUUCUUUCAGUUCAUCAAUGGCUGAAUUACUUGGAGCUUUGUUAGGAGAAGCGGUUUCUAGAGUAUCAAGUGUCAUCAUAGCGGAGAUAGAGAAAACAUGUUCUUUCAAAACCGAACUCACUAAAAUAAAAGAAAGAGUAGAGAGCAUGAGGCCUAUCGCCGAGCGCCUGGAUAAACUAAACAAGCAAUUGGAUGGACUGAAAGAGGAAAAGGGUAGGUUCACCAGUAUGCUGGAGCAAGCAGAAGUCCUCGCUAAGAAAUGCUCGACCAGGAAAUUGCAUCAAUAUUCCUCCUAUGCGUCGAAGUUGGACAAAAUGAAUAGAUCGUUGCAGGAGUAUGUGAACACUGACCUUCAAUUCCAGAUUGCUCUGGAUACAAAGGAAACAUUGGUGGAGGUGAGAGAUCUAAAAAGGAGACGAGAGAAAGGGAGUUCAAGUGGUUGGCGGACUAGUGUUCCAUUGCUAAAGGGCGAUGCUAUAGGAUUUGAUAGUAGAGUUACCGAGUUAAAGGGCAAGGUGCUUAAGGAUUCUCCAAAGGGUGAUUGCUCAGUUGUAGUUGUUUCGGCUAUGGGAGGGUCUGGGAAGACCACUUUGGUAACGUUGUUCUGCCGUGAUCCUGAGAUUCAAAGAAGAUUUGAUAGAAAUAUUUAUCAUGUUACAGUCUCAGAAAGGUACGACAUAAAAGUCAUCAUUACAAAAUUACUCGAUCCAUCGCCAAAUAUUACUAAUAAUGAGGAGGCAAUCCAGCAAUGGGGGAGCUUUUUGGCAGAAAAUGAUCAAUCUGAGAUACUAUUGGUACUUGAUGACGUAUGGUCUGAAUCCGUAAUUACAGACCUCAUGUUCAAGUCUCCUAGAUAUAAAAUUCUGGUCACAUCUCGGAUGACUUUUAAACGAUUCGAAACAUAUCAAUUGCAAGCUUUGAACAAUGAAGAUGCAACCCGUUUGUUCUGCGACUCAGCAUUUUCAAAAAAUGAAAAUGAAAAUGACAACAUACGAGAUGAACGUGUUCACCAGUUGGUCAAGUGUUGCAAAAACCAUCCACUAGCCCUUAGUGUGAUGGGUGGUUCUCUGAAGGGGGAACCUUCGGCAAACUGGGAUUUGAUGAUACAACAGCUAUAUAAAGAGACGACAUCGCUUUUGGAUUUGCAUGAGUCUGUACAAAUUUGUCUAAAAAAGAGUUUGUACUUUUUUGAAGAAGAAUCUGAAAUGAAGAAAUGUUACCUAGACCUGGGAUUGUUUCCUGAAGCUCAGAAGAUAGCUGCUACAACACUUUUGGACAUGUGGGCCCAUUUGCAUAACCAUGAUGAGGGGGGAUUGCCUACCUUCAACAUUCUCACUAAACUUUCUUCUAGAAACUUUGCAACUUUGUUGCCAAUAAGCAAACACUCAACUGUUGUUGCCAACUAUUGUGAGGAAGAAUCUGUUGUGCAACAUGAUAUGAUGAGGGCGUUAGCUAUUCAAUUAAGUAGCGAAGAGCCAUUAGAACGCAGAGAAAGGUUAAUUAUAAACACAAAUAGUGACGAUCUUCUCAAUUUGCCCCAAAUUGUCAACGCCCGCAUUUUGUCAAUAUGCACAGGCUUGACGACGGAUGAAAGAUUCCCUUCAACAUGGAAUGAGAUUGAAGCCCCUAAUGUGGAAGUUUUUGUAUUGAAUUACAUGUCCAUUAUGCAUCCCUUGCCACAGUUUAUGCACAACAUGAAAAGCUUAAAGGUUUUAAUCAUCACAAACUAUGGAUACGACUGCUUUGAGAUACAGAACUUACCUAAACCACGAUAUUUAUCCGGUCUUACUAGAAUUAGGUUGGAUCAUGUUUCAAUAUCCUCCAUAAUUAGUACAACAAUACUGAUGUUGGAGAACUUGAAGAAAUUGUCCUUGAUCAUGUGCAAAAUAGGCAACAGUUUCAACCAAGGAACCCCCAACAAGUUGACCAGCCUUUGCGAGAUUGAUAUCGAUUCUUGUGAUGAUUUACUUACAUUUCCUACAAUGUUAUGCAAUGUAGUUAGCCUUAAAAAACUCCGCAUCACUAAUUGCCACGAGCUUACUUUAUUUUCUGAAGAAUUUGGGAGCUUAUUAAACUUGGAAGUUUUGCGGGUUGCAUCGUGCACAAAGCUCAUUGCAUUACCUGAAUCAAUGAGAAACCUCAAGAAGUUAAGAAUCAUUGAUCUAUCCGAUUGUUUAAACCUGAAAGAGUUGCCACUGCAUAUAGGUGAGUUGGGUAGUCUACAAACAAUUGAUGUGACCGGUUGCGAGGGUCUGCGUGAUCAGUUGCCAAAGUCCCUCCAGGAUUUUGAUAAAGUGAAAGUGAAAGUGGUUUGUGAUGAAGAAACCUCUAAGGUAUUGACUGAUUUCAAGAAUGUGAAAGUGGUUGAAAAAGAUCCAGUUGAUAUCUUGCGCAAGAUCAUCGGAUACAUUUGAAUGUUGAAUCACAUAACCAACCUUAAAGUAAUAAUUAGUCGUUCGACAACAAGUCCAAAAAGCUUUAUUGUUGAGGAGUUGUUCCAGUAAAGUUAAGGAUUUGGAAGGCUGCUUGGUAGUUGCUGUGAUGUUAACGUAUAUCAAAAAUCUUCUAUGUUGUAAUUUAGAUCUUUUGGAUUUUAUUGCAUUUAUUUAAUAAUAAAAGAACUGGCUAACAUUUAUAGGCA